AGUGGCGGGGUGGGCACGGGGGUCCGGAGCGGGGAUUGGCACCCCCACAGGGUACUGAAGUGCUACGUUCCGGGAAGGAGGGGCGCUGUGGGCACCACUUCUGGCCGCCUCAACUCCCUCUCCCACUCUCGGCGGCGGCGCUGGUCUGCGCCGGAUUGUGGGUGCCAGCGAGGGGGCACGGCCCGCAGGGUCUGGGGCGAUCCCGCAACGUCCCCCAACCCCCUCUUACGCCACCCCGAGGCCUCUUCCAGCGGUCCUGGUGGGCUCCGGCCACUGGCGCGGUGCCCGGAGCCCACCACAGGCCCCAAGGGCGCGAGAAGCGCACGGUGCCCGGGUGCCCGCAGCGCGCCGCGGACCCAGUCCCGGGCUCGGAGGGUUCUGGGGGAGUGGGAGGGGGGCACCGGGGAGAGGAGCCGCAGCCCCCCUGGGCGCUCCAGGCCCGGGUGGGCACGGGGCCGCGGGCGCCCCUCUCCGGGCACGGCUGGCUCCGGGGUGCGUUCGGCUGCGAGCUGGAGCGGUUCCGCGGGGGGUCACCCGACGCCUUCCCCCGGGGCCCCCGAGCCCGCGGGCUGAGCUGGCCGCCGCCCCCCGGCGGCCGCGCCUAUAAAUAGCGCGCGGGUGCCCGCCCGGCGCCCGCCCGGCGGCGCAGGACGCUCAAAGUUGCGCGCCGGGGACCGGGCUCCGCCGAGCAGCCGCCGCGGCAGCCCCGGACCCCGCCGGCCCCGCCGCCCGCACCGGCCCCGGCCCCGGCCCCCGCCCCGACCCGCGCUGCCUCUCCGCCGACGGGCGCCCCGCGCCGGGCUCCGGGGGCAUCUCGGAACGUGCCCACCGGGUGGCGGGCGCUCGGGUCCGGGCCGGGAAGCCGGCGAUCGGCUUCGGCCGGGAGAGAGACGCCUCCCGCCGGCGUGCUCCGGGCCAGCCGCCACCACCCGAGCCCCGGGGCUGCCCCGCGAGCCCCCCUCGGAGGCUUGUGCGCCGGGGCCGGCCCGGGGGUGCGGGGCUCUGCGGUGGGCAUGUCGGCGGCCGCUCCCCUUUGAGGCGUGCGCGCGAGAAGAGCCGGGCACGGACUUUUUAGAUGUCUGGGCACCGGGAGGGGUGCAGGGGCCCCCGGCAGGGCUGAUUCUGGCGCAGAGGAGGGUGGGGUAGGGGGUUCUGCAUGAGCUCCUUAAAGGACAAAGGUAACGGCGCCGGCGAGAGCGCGCUCGCCGAGACUCGGAUUCGCAGCCUCGGCCGCCGUGGAAGUGCGCGCGCCGCCGCCGCCGCCGCCGCCGCCGUGCCCGCAGCGCGGUGCAGCUCAGCCGCCGGCAGCUCCCCCGGCUCCGGGGUCCCGGGCGCCGCCGCCACGCGGGCGAGCAGCAGUGCCGGGCGCCCGCCGCUGCCCCCGCGCCUCGCCAUGGGCGCCGCGCGCCGCCGGGCGCUGCCGGUGCUGCCGGCCCUGCUGCUGGCCCUGGCCCUGCCCGCGCCGCCCGUCCGCGCGCAGAACGACACGGAGCCCAUCGUGCUGGAGGGCAAGUGCCUGGUGGUGUGCGACUCGAACCCGGCCACGGACGCCAAGGGCUCCUCGUCGUCCCCGCUGGGGAUCUCGGUGCGCGCGGCCAACUCCAAGGUGGCGUUCUCGGCCGUGCGCAGCACCAACCACGAGCCCUCGGAGAUGAGCAACAAGACGCGCAUCAUUUACUUCGAUCAGAUCCUAGUAAAUGUGGGUAAUUUUUUCACGCUGGAGUCUGUCUUUGUAGCCCCGAGAAAAGGAAUUUACAGUUUCAGUUUUCACGUAAUUAAAGUCUACCAGAGCCAGACAAUCCAGGUUAACCUGAUGUUGAAUGGGAAACCGGUCAUAUCUGCUUUCGCUGGGGACAAAGAUGUUACUCGUGAAGCUGCCACCAACGGAGUCUUACUCUACCUGGAUAAAGAGGAUAAGGUUUACCUGAAACUGGAGAAAGGUAAUCUGGUUGGAGGCUGGCAGUACUCGACCUUCUCCGGCUUCCUGGUGUUCCCCUUGUAGGCUCUGAGCCCCCCUCGCCCCACGGUCCUCGAGGGGACAGGCAGCCUGGCCCAGCGCUGUUGGAGAUCACGUUCUCAUCCUCCGAUCGAUGUCUCUUAUUGAUUUCUCAUGGGUGCACCUGGAUUCUCUUGAAGGAUUCUAGGCCUGUGGCACCAGGUCCAAGUUCCACAGACGAUUUUGGUGUGUGUCCAUUCCGCUGUAUUUGGAUGGGGACUCAUGGUGGCAAAUUUCUCCCCACACUUCUGUGUAACACUUAACAGCUGUCUGCCAGCUGUGUUCUCCCUUUAGUUUCCUGGAAUGGCCGAGUUCCUUGCAGAGGUGGCAUUUUCUUUCUUUUGUUUUUUUUUUUUUAAAGACUGGCAACUGGGUCUGAGAAUGAGAAAACUCAAGUUCUGUCUUCAAGCAACAGUUAGCGUGUUACUGCCAAAGAACUGUGUACUGUGUUGAUCUAUUGAUUCCACUUGUUUUUGCUCCUUUCGGAGUUCAUUGGUUUUGUUCUCUUAUGGUAGCUGGGUAUUGUUUUUUCCUUUCUUCAUUUCCGGUGAUUGGCUUUGUGUCUUCUUACACGUAGGGCCUUGGGUGGUUUCCCACACACUGACCCUGUCGGAUCACCCACAUGACUUCCCAUAAAAGAAUAAUAAAAAGAAAGAAUGCUUCCUAGUUGUAUUUUAAUUAUAUAUGUGAAAGAGUCAUAUUUUCCAAAUUAUAUUUUCUAAAUGGAAGAAUAGAUCUUAAAUCUGAUGAGGGAAACGUUGCUUACUCGAAUUUUAAGUGCUCGAACCCCAAACCUCCACAAAAAUGGUUCUCCUGCGUGGGAAAUCUUGUACUUUAUCGCCCAAGUUUAAUUAAUGUGAUUGAUAAUAACCACUUUAAUAAAAACCGAAGGGAUUUUUUCCCCCCUAGACAUGAUCACUUGAUUAACUGGAGAUGGGAUACCCUUGUUUUUAAUUAUACCUAUUUUUCAAGCCUUCUAUUAUUUGCAAGUAUCAUCUGGUUUUGCCUUAACUCCUUGAAUUGUAUAUAUUUAUCUGUUUAGCUAAUAUUAAAUCCAAGUAUCCCAUAUCUAAACUUAGUGCAAUAUCUUAUUUUAUCUUUUGUACAGGUCAUAUGAAUUCACAAAGUUAUUUAUGUCUGUUAUAGAAUAAAAGUUCAUAUAUGUUAGUUGAA